AUGGCAUCACUACGAGAAAAGAUAGAGUUCUUCGACCAGCUUAAGACUCUCGAUAGCGAUGAUGAAUUCGACAAGACCGAGCAACUGGAGAGAAAACGCUGUCGUAGGUUCUUCGCUGCCAAAGCAACCCCUAAACCCUCAGCGAAGCAGCCUGUCGUGCUGGAUCUCACCAACGAUGAUUCUCAAAAGUCUAGAGUGACUCCUCGCAGAGUCGCAUCAUUCCCAACGCCUGCACCCGCUCAAGGCCCAAAGAUCAUCAAGGCCACACCCAUGACAGCAGCAGGUCAAAAGAGCAGACUCGGCACGCUCUUGAACCAACGCAGCGCGGGAGCUAUUCUAGUUGACGACACACCCAUUCCCGACUCUACUCGACAGGCUCAGAGAAGACUCCCUAGGAGCGGAUCUACACCUCUAUUCCCUUCAGGGAGAAAUCCUGACUCAAUGGUUGGUGAUUCUCCCUCGCCGAGCUUAGCGAUGAAGAAGCGAAAGCGUGAGGCCUCGAUCAAGCUCCGACCAGAGAGUGAGCAGAUCUUCAAGGGUCUCACGUUUUACUACGUCCCUGAUGAUGAUAUCGCACCGGCUCGUCGACUGCGUAUCACAAAAGCGCGUGAAUUUGGUGCGACGUGGGUGCGUGCGCCGCGAAUUGCAACUCAUAUUGUUGUUGAGAAACACAUCCAGUUCAAGGACAUUGAGGGCGUUUUGAAGAAGACUAACAAGAAUCUUCCGCCUAAUGUGGUCAACGAGGACUAUCCGAUUGACUGUAUUCAAUUCAAGGCGCUGCUUCAGUAUGGUCAGAAGAAGUAUCAAAUUGCGGGCCAGCCGGUAUGCCAUGAGGAGGAUAAUCCACCUGCUGUACCUUCAAGUUUUAAGCAGUCUGCUCAGUCCCUGCAGCUCAAGCCGCAUCACAAGAAUGCGAAACGAUGGGAUCAUGUUCCCAUUCCAGAGACGCCAGAGAGAAGUGAGGAGUCUCCUCUUCGCAGUCAAGUUGCGGAGACGCCUGUUCCUACGAAUUCGCAGCCAGUGAUGCUUGACCUUGAGGGUAUGGUCUCAUCGCAAACAGAUGGUGAUAGUGAUAGAGCAGGCAUUCCUCAGAAUUCUACGGCUGGUAUACAAGGCACUGUCAAUAUUACGCAACUCCCAAAAGAAGACCAUCAUAAGGACGAGUUAUCCGAGUACAUUAAGAUAAUGGCUGAGUAUAAGGACCUCCCAUUAGACGCGGAUGACGACGAUGCUCAGACAGUUGCCGAUAUGGGAGAUGGCGAAACAGGAGAACCGUCCUUUUCAGGCUCAGAAGACGAACGAACCAACAGGCGUAGAUCGAGAAGGAGAACCAGGUCUAGCCGCAAGAAUAUUGCAUUCGAGGAUCGCUUUUCAUGCAAUUCUGCUGGAGCAAAAGACGCUAAUGCGGGGAAUCCAAAUACUCGCACAAUUGAGGUUCUCCAAUCGAUGGCUGACUACUACAGCCGUGUUAACGACCACUGGCGCACUACCGCCUACCGCAAAGUCAUCAGCACUCUGAAGCGUCAAGAGACAAAGAUCACGACGGCUGAAGAGGCGCAACGGCUACCCAGUGUGGGAACGCGUCUGGCACAGAAGAUUGAGGAGAUCGUCACUACGGACAGGCUUCAGCGGCUUGAGUACGCCCAGAAGGAGCCGAUGGAUGAGGCACUUCAGUUGUUCCUCGGUAUCUACGGUGUUGGAAAUAGUCAGGCUCAGCAGUGGUUGGCACAAGGUUUUCGAACGUUGGACGACUUGAAGGCAAAUGCGAAGCUUACGCCAAACCAGCUGGUGGGCAUCGAGCACUACGAUGACCUCAACACCAGAAUUCCUUGUCGCGAGGUUGAGGCUCUAGGUACUGUUGUAAAGAGAGGCGCUCAGCGUAUUGAUCCACAGGUGGAACUUAUCAUUGGAGGAAGCUACCGAAGAGGAGCAGAGUCCUCUGGCGAUAUCGACUUUGUCAUCACCAAGCCAGAUACCGAGUCUUCGGCUGAGCUUCGACCUUUUCUCGACGGUCUCGUUCAGCGUCUUGAGGCCGAAGGAUUCCUCGUAGCACGGUUGGCUUCAUCACGGUCUACUACCGAUGGAAGUAAAUGGCACGGCUGCUGCGUGCUCCCCAAGAUCAGCGGCUUCAACGAAAAUAACUAUAGGCCUGUAUGGCGGCGUAUUGAUUUCCUGCUAGUGCCCGAGUCAGAGAUGGGAGCGGCGCUGCUCUAUUUCACCGGCAACGAUAUCUUUAACCGCAGUAUGCGGCUACUGGCUUCCAAGAAGGGAAUGCGAUUGAACCAGCGUGGUUUGUACAAGGAUGUGAUGCGAGGCCCUCAGCGGGUGAAGAUCACAGAGGGUGAGCGUAUGGAGGGACGUGAUGAGAAGAAGAUUUUCGAUAUCCUGGGGGUCAAGUGGAGAGAGCCUCAUGAGCGUUGGUGUUGA